CCCGCCCGCUCGCCCGCCUGCCUGCCCUUCCGGGUUUUGUCCGGCUGGGGUGGAGGAGUGUGAGCCCCUUGCACUGUGUUUCUCAAAGUGGAGUCCGGGCACGCCGAUCCCCGCCUCUCAGACUCCUGAAUCAGAGCCUGCUGUGGCUGGUGAGUCUGCCUUUUCAGCAGACAUCCUCGACGGUUUGGUGCAGAUGGCCGUGAGGGAACCCCGUCUUCACACAACAUGAGGCCUCAGUGGGUGCAUCUGAGUGCCAUCACAGGGGCUGGCCUUGUGCUGGGGUCCUCAGAUGGCAGCUGAUGCCAGUGAAGGGCCUGAAUCAGGAGCCCUAGAGGUGGAACUGUGUUAAACGGGGAUAGUCUGUGGGUGCGUCCAUGACAACCUGAAGCUGGUCUCUCAGGUUUGCCUGGCUGCCCUGGGUUAUGACGGGCUCCAUGUCUCACUAACAGAGGUCUGGGACUGCAAUUAUUUCAAAAUUUGUGAAAGUUUAUGCCAAAACUCCAGGAGUCCAAGGGAAGGAUGGCAGACCACAGAGCAGAAGACCUGCUAGACAUUCUUCGGCUGAACGUGGGUGGCUGCAUUUACACAGCCCGGCGAGAGUCUCUGUGCCGCUUUAAGGACUCCAUGCUGGCAUCUAUGUUUAGUGGGCGUUUCCCUCUAAAAACAGAUGAAUCUGGGGCGUGUAUUAUUGACCGUGAUGGACAGCUAUUUAAAUACAUUUUGGAUUAUCUCCAUGGAGAAGUUCAGAUCCCCUCGGAUGAGCAGACCCGAACCGCCUUGCAGGAAGAGGCUGAUUAUUUUGGCAUCCCUUAUCCUUACAGCUUGUCUGACCACUUGGCCAAUGAAAUGGAGACAUAUUCUUUAAGGUCAAAUAUAGAACUUAAAAAGGCUUUAACAGACUUCUGUGAUUCAUAUGGUUUGAUUUGCAAUAAACCAACAGUUUGGGUUCUCCACUAUCUGAACACAUCUGGUGCAAGCUGUGAGAGUAGAAUUAUUGGUGUCUAUGCUACAAAAGCUGAUGGGACAGAUGCCAUUGACAAGCAGCUGGGAGGAAGAAUUCACAGUAAAAGUAUCUUCAAAAGAGAGGCGGGAAAUAAUGUUCAGUACAUUUGGAGCUAUUACUCGGUAGCCGAGUUGAAGAAAAUGAUGGACGCCUUUGAUGCCUGGGAAGGAAAAGGUGUAAGCUACUGGCGAGUGCCCCAUGAGCUGAUCGAGUGUUGGACUCUGGAAGAGCGGCCUCUACAUGGAAGCCUGCGCCAUAUGACCCCAAUCCGAAAGAGGCGGCUGCUAACCCUCAGUGAAGAGGAUGAAGGUGUGAACUGUAAGGCUGGUCCUAAGCCUGUCAGAUUUUUGGGCCCUUCCACAAGCACCCAAAUUAAAGUCAAGAACUCAGCUGCUGUGAGGGUGUCACCUGUCAGUGCUGCCCAGAUCACCUCUCAGGCUACAGCAAACCGUUCUCAAAGAGGCAGUUAUGGAAAGGCAGCUCAGUGCCCUGUGGCCACAGGGGCUUCUGGGCAUGCUCCUGCUUCCCCUCAAGCCCAGAGUGCUGAAAACCAAGCUACACAGCCACCACCAGCCAAGGUGCUCCUGUCUGACAAGAAGUCUCCAUCCAACCGAGUGAUCAAGCUGAGGAGGACUCCACUGUGUGUGGGGACUUCUCUGCCCACCCCCUCAGCAGGGAGCCAGGCUGGCUCCCCCCAGCAGCCUUCUCCAGAGGCUUCCAUCACUUCAGGUGUGCGGACUGAGACCAGGGAAGACCAGCCUGAUGGAUAAAGUGGACUGGAAACUGCCUGUCUGUCCUGCAGCUUCCAGUUCAUUGAUUCUGACAAGUGAGUCUGUUCUUGCCAGCAGAAGGGAACAUCCAUGUGGAGGUUUAGGAUUGUUAUAGGAAAAGUGAAUUCUGUGGUGUGGGAGUAGACGAGGAGCUUGGUGGUGUGGUUAUUUACUUUGUGUUUUCCUAAGGUUGUCUGUGUGCAGUUUGGUUUCUAGUUUUUCAUUUUAGGCUUUAUUUAAAUGGUUAAUUGAUAUCAAGGUGACCAAGCAGUAAUCACUACAGACAUCUCCCCUUUUCUUUUGCAGUAAUACUAGAGUCACCUGGCCCUUUUGUAAUGUAACUCUUGUAGUCCAGGGGUAGGAAUGAGGCCUGGCAUAGAUACCUGUCAGGUGGAGAGGGGGGACCAGUCCUGGCCACAUAGUUGCUUCUUCUCCAAAGACACCAUGAAAAGGGACAGUGGGAAGGGCAAGAAUGUAAGUGAAGACCAGACGUGGACUCUAACUUGACUGGGACAUUUUCUUUCCUAGGUCGGCUCCGCUCCUCACUUAGAUCCAUUAGCUGGUGUGUCUCCGCACACCACAGAGGGUUGGGGGUGCAUGUGAUAAGAGCUGUGGAAUGCAUUUUGGAAUGGUUCAAAUUGGUGUUCUAAUUUGAGUAGUGAAGUUUUGAAGUGCUUUCAAAGAGAAAAGUUAAAUAAGUUUAACUUUUUAACUCAAGUUAAUGUGUUCUUAGAAGUGACCAUUGAAGAGUCCUUCUGAUUGUACGCUAGGUUUUAUGCAUACAAUUUCCACAUAACUUGAAUUUCAUAUUUUUAAACAAAAUAUUUUGAUUAAUCCUCUAUUUUUUCAUGACCAUUGAAUUGUACGUGCUUACUCUUACAUAUUAUGUUUGAUAAUUGGAUUGUCCAUUUCUAGUCUUCAUGAGCACUGUGCUUCAGGGUUUUAAAGAUGGUUCAUCUAGCAGUGUGCUCCUUACUCGGAUUCUGGGCAUGCACUUGCAUUGCUUUGAAAGAGUGAGGCAGGUAUAUUUGUGGUGUUUCUUUUCAAAUAAAUAAAACGUUUCCACGAAAAUGA